AAGAACAUCUUAGAAGUGUGGCCUCCUGCUUUGAUUUUUAACACAAGAGAAAAAAGAGGAGUUGUCCUUCAGCAACAAGCAGCAGACACCAUGGAUCAGACACUAAAACCAUCCAAGAGCUCAUACCUCAAGUUCUUUCAGCUGUUGGUGCUGGCUCAUCUCUACUUCUGUUCAGGCAUCACUCAGGUGACCAAGACAGUGAAAGACGUAGCGGUGCUAUCCUGUGGUUACAACAUUUCAACUGAUGAACUGAAGAGAGUUCGCAUCUACUGGCAAAAACAUGAUGAAAUGGUGCUGGCUGUCAUCUCUGGAAACGUGAAAGUGUGGCCCAAGUAUGAGAACCGCACCUUCACUGACAUCUCUAAUAACCUUUCCAUUGUGAUUCUGGCUCUGCGCCUGUCGGACAACGGCAAAUACACCUGUGUCAUUCAGAAGAAUAAAACAGGGUCUUACAAACGGGAGCACCUGAGUUCCGUGAUGCUAUCGGUUAGAGCUGACUUCCCUGUUCCUAGUAUAACUGAACUUGAAAAUCCAUCUACUAACCUCAAAAGGAUAACUUGCUCAACCGCUGGAGGUUUUCCAAAGCCUCAACUCUCCUGGUUGGAAAAUGGAAAAGAAUUAAAUGCCAGCAACACAUCAAUCUCCCAAGAUCCUGAAACUGAGCUCUACUCUAUUAGCAGUGAACUGGAUUUUAAUGUGAAAAACAACCACAGCUUCAAGUGUCUUGUCAAGUACGGAGACUUAACGGUGUCAAACAGCUUCGACUGGCAAGGAUACAAGCCAUCCCCUUCUUUCCUUAAACUGCCCUGGUAUGGCCUCAUUCCGUUACUCAUUAUCUUAACUGUGAUUGUGAUUGUGACCACUGCAGGAAUCCGUAGAUGCCUACACAACAGACUUCCUGCAAGACUUCCUGAAAGAAGGAGAAAUAGGGAGAGCAUAGAAAUGGAAGUGAUCUCCCCUAUGUCCACAUGUUUUGCAGAAGAAUCAGGCUAAACAACACCUGGAGCCAUCAAGAUCAAUAUCUACAAUGUUACCUCAAGUUCGGGAUAUCCCUAUGAUAAAACAUAUAAAAUUUUAAAAAAUGUUUCAACCUUUGGGAAUUUAGGGUUUGAAGGCCUCACCUCCAGCUCAGCUCCAGCUCAGCUCCAGCUCUUCCUAAAGCUGAGGAAGAUGGCCAGGAUUAUCCCACCUGUUCCUUCAUGUAUGAAGU